UGCUAUAUAUUCAUACACUUUCUCAUUCUUUCUGUUGUUUAUUUUAGUUCUGAGUUUUUCUCUAUUAAAAGAAAGUUACUAUGGUGGAUCGUCAAAUCGUGUGCUGCAUGUGCGGUGACGUUGGUUUCACUGACAAGCUUUUCCGAUGCAACAACUGUCAUCACCGCUUCCAACACUCUAACUUCUAUGGAGAACUAAGUGAGAUUUACGAGUGUGAUUGGUGCCAAAGCAAAGGGAAAAGCAGUGUUGGCUCCAAGAAACCGGCUGAGAGAGUAGUGAUAAACGGUGGUUCUUCUGAAUGUCCCGGCGAGAAAAUACUGAAGCAGCGUCGGGAGGAGAAGUGUUCGGAGAAGAGGAAGAGUCCGGUGCCGUCACCGAGACAAGCCACACGCAGGUAUAAGCUUCUGAAGGAUGUAAUGUGUUGAACAGAUCCAUCCCAAAAAAAGAAGGUAUAUUAUAAUAUUGAAUUAGUAUUACUAUUAGAUAGGUGUACCGUGUACGUGAGUUUUGUAUAUAUAUGAACUUAGUGUUUAAAUAUAGUAAUAGUAAAUUUAAGGGUAAUGCAUAAUCAUGUGUGUAUUUGUGUUGUUUUGUUAUCUUAUGUGAAUACAAAGAUCUUACUAAUAUCA